AUGGAGUAUCGCCGACAAAUUAUUGCCUUAAUGGCAAUGAUUCUAUUAACAAAUACCUUGACCGCGGCAGACUCAAAACCAUCAUAUUACACCACGGACAUUCUACGCUUGGCCAAAGGCUUCGAAAUCAAAGCAUUUCUCCAAGAAAACCAACCGCCAUGUCAAAAUUUCUAUAAAUUUGCCUGCGGUCGUUGGGUACAAUCGAAUCCAGCACCGAGUGGUGGCAAAUCUUCCAACUUGGAUCAACGGGUGGAAUUAUCGUAUAUUAGAAGAUGCGCCGCAAUGUUGGCGUCCGACCGUUGCAAAAGUGAUUGGAAGGUUUUUAAUCAACUAAAAGAUUUCUAUGCCUCGUGUCUGAACACGGCUAUACUGGAUGAAAACGGUUUAAAGGAUAUUGUGUUCAUGGCAGAAUUCACGGCAGGUUGGCCGGUUGUUAAUAAUUUCCAGUGGUAUCAAAAAUAUUUCGAUUGGUUGUCAGUGGUGGCCACUAUGCGUCGAAAAAUGGAUGUUGAUAUUUUGAUACGAUUACAAAUUGGUGACCCUUAUUGGAAUUCAAUUCUGCUGGGUGCUCCUAAAUUCUAUUUGGAUCGUGAUUCAUAUUUGCAAGAGGAUAAGGAAAGUAUACGUUUGGCCUAUGUCGCUUCCAUUGAGAAUCAAUUGAGAAGAUAUUUCCCCAAAAUGCCAGAGAAAUGGGCUGGCGAAGUGGCCCAACAGGUGUUGGCUGUGGAGAAACGUUUGGCUGAGGGUUUGCCGCCACCCAACAACGAUAUGAACAAAACUCGAUCAAUCCCCAGGGAGCUAUACCCUUAUGAAUUCGAAACGUUCAAAGACAGAAAACUAGAUAUUAAAAAUUACUUAUUUUCGGUAUUUGUAAAAAUAAUUAACGGCCCAGUUUAUUUGGAGGACGAACAUUACUUAUUCACCUUGGCGGAGGUUAUGAACUCAACGCCGACUCUCACCAUUGCCAACUAUACGAUGUGGAAAAUUUUGGAGAAAUUUGAUUUACCCCGUGCCAAAGUGGCCAAAGAUUCUCAGUAUUGUGUUAAUCAACUUAGAGAAUAUCUACCUGACGCUUUGAAUAUAAUGUUUUUGAAUACUUAUCCGAUCAACGAAAUGAUCGAUGAACUACAAUCGGUGUGGAAGGAUAUUAAGCAAACAUUUCACUCGGAAUUGGAAAAUUCCCAGCACCUAGCAUGGAUGGAAGCUGUGAUAAAACAAAAUGCCUUGGAAAGAUUGGAAAGCAUGGAGCUGAGAAUACUUAACGAAACAGAGAUGAACGAUAGGCAUUUGGGAAAAAUUGAAAUAUCUCGCACACAUUACCAUCAGAAUCUGGUAAGACUUUGGAAUUACAAGAACGCAUUUUAUUUGGAUCAAGUUAGGGAAAGGGUCAGGGAGCACAGAACGGCGCAUACCUUGCCGAAAUAUGAUUAUGUGAGAAAUAAAAUCAAUAUCCCAGUGGAAUUUUUACAAACACAUACCCUAUGGGAAGCAGCAUAUCCCCAAGCCAUACUCUAUAGUACCUUGGGCUACUUGCUGGCACAACAAAUGCUCAAGGGCAUUGUUUCUUAUCUAGGUAAUUGGGAUGAUUCAUCACGAAAUAAAUACACUGAACGUGCGGAAUUAUUUUUUCAACAAUACUGGGAAUAUAAAUUCCCCAAAUGGGCACAGAAGAAAAAUACAGAAUUAAUGGACAACUAUGUGGCGGAUAAUGGUGCCCUCAACAUUGCCUAUAAGGCCUAUCAGCAGUGGUCGAGAAAUUCUGGCAACAGCGACUUGGAGGAGAAGGAAAAAGUAUCCCUUCUCUCCCUGCAGGAAUACAAUCCAAAUCAAUUAUUUUUUAUUACCUUUGCCCAGACAUGGUGUGCUGAUUAUUCGGAGGAUAUAGCGGAAUUUAAUGAGACGCCCGAGAUGUGGCGUGUCAAUGGUGCCUUGGCGAAUUCCAUUGAAUUCGCUCAGGAAUUUCAAUGUGAUUUGGGUGCAGACAUGAAUCCCGAAGAGAAACGAAUUUUAUAUUAA